UGCGACGUUGUGUCUGUCCAUUCCUUUACAACUGUCUAAUGAGCCGUGUGGGCCUCCUCUGUCCAGUCUGCUUCUUUCUAUGGCUGUUGCUGGGAGACAAAGUAAAAUGUCACCCAAGCGCUGUGAAGAGGCUUUUUGAACAGACACAUCAACACAAAUGACUGUGGGACGACACAGGACAUAAUUGUGAGGGGGUAAAGAAACAUCAGGUUCAAGAUGGGGGAGAGUGCGAAGCAAGAUAAUUGGGUAGACUUGUUACUUUUUUCCUCUAAAACUGCACUGAAGAUGUAAGGGAAGUCGAGGUAUUCGGAGCUGCUUCUUUUGCGCCUCAUAUCGAGCAAGAUGAGAGUCAUACCGACUCCACAGAAGCAGGCGUGGGAGAUUAUUUUCAUGCUUUUGAUCAGCACAUCAGGAGGCCCCCCCGCACAAGUCAGUUCCUGUCCCGAAGGUGCUCACGUCCACCUGCCCAGCCUGCGAUGCUUCUGGCUCUCUGAGAAGACGUCCACGUGGUCUGAGGCUUUGGCUUCCUGUCAGCGGACUCGCGGAGGAUGUGUGGCAGUUGCCGACACUUUGGAGCUGCAAAGCUUCCUCCACCACUUCUUCCCAGUAAAAAACACGGUGUGGGUUUGGAUUCGGGGAGUGAGUGAAGAUAUACCAGACAAGGCCGGGUUUGUGGAGUCAACCAGUCCUCCAUGGCGCAAUGGAGGCAGGGACCAACAUGAAGUAUGCACUCAGAUGGCUUUGGGGAUGCCUGGACAGUGGAGGACGACCCCCUGUGCUAAACAAUACCACUUCUUUUGUCAAAAUGACUUAACUGAGUGUUUACCAGAACUGGAGAGUUACGUUGUGGGAGUUGUUCUAAUGACUGGCGUCUACCAGCGGAUCCAGAUCGCUCCUUUAGCUACUGUCCCUGAUGUUGAACAACUUGCAGUGGAGAUGCAGCUGUUCCCUGGUUUGUGGUUCAGUCAUGCCGGUCAAGUGACAUCACUGGAACUGGUGGUCCAGCCCAGUUCAACUUCCUCUUCGGCCCGCAUUCAAAUCCUUCGACCCUACUGUAACCCCAACUACCACCUUGUACCUCCGGGUUGCAGCUCUCUGAUGAAUCCAUUCAGCUGCUGCUCAACGGUUCCACUGUGCAACACGACAGGAGGGUGCGGCACGGGCCAAUACUGGUGUCAUAUUCUCGAAACCUGCCUUGCCAACGAUCGCCCCUGUUCGCCCUACACCUCAGCGGCAGUGGAACGUGGGUUUGCGUUGCCACCCAGAUAUGCAGCGACCGCACCUUUUUAUCACUUGGUAGCGGACGUACCGCUGAAAAUAAGCCCCGUCACACGACUGCAAACGUUAAGUGUUGUUCUUCCGGAAGGAGCCGUCAAUGUGUACCCCGACGAUAUUGUUGCCGUUCAACACACCCGCGACCGCGGAGCCUUUCUGCGCUGCCUCGCCAGCGAAGCUCCCCUUAAUUCCCCGUGGCGACAGAGUUACCUGUCUCUCUUGGGGACAAAGUGGGGUGGCUGGUGGCAGGGAGGCCUCACUUUCAGGCCCCAAGGCGAACACUGGGUGGAUGGCGUGGUGUGUGAUCUCAGAUUGCUUUAUGAAGACACUCUUAAUGGAGCAAGAACUGAGCAACGGCGGAUGUUGGAAAUGACCACAGCCUCUGACGCGAAGUCCCUGACUCGUCACGUGAAAUCUACAUUUGGGCUGAGGAUCAUCCAUCCUCCACUGGAUGAAAAGAACCAGAUCCACCUUGCACUCAAUGUUGCAACACUCAUUGUUGUCACGGUACUAUCAGGAGAGAAAGUCACAUGUUCAUGGUCGGCUCCGGUGCUCCGGACUGGACUCCCCUUCGGCCGGUCUUGCCCCGAAGAUCUGCCCGUCUGCAAGACAUGUUCGGAGGAUGUGUGGUUCUCGUCCGUGACUCUGGUCUCACCUUCAGUCGGGGUCCAGAUGCUGAAUAUCAGUGUGGCAGAUGCAAUUCGGUCUCAGACUUUGACCGUGACGCUGCGUAGCUACGAGGCAGUGUCGGGACUCAGCGUGGAGCCAGGCAGACACCAAAGGACGCUUGUUGACAUUCCUCAGUCCUUUACCGCCCAAGUGGCGAGUGGCUCGUCUGUGACAUUCUCGUGGGUGAUUGACAACUUGGAGGCGUUUGCUGAUGAAGGAGAAUCUUAUAGUGUGGUGUUCAAGAAACCUGCCGAGUAUAAACUCAAGGUAACGGCGUCCAACCCCGUGAGCUCCCAGAGCGUGCAGCUCCUCCUGACUGCGGAUGAAAUGAAGCCACUGGGCGAGCCUGAGUUCAUGUACGUCAGGCGGGUGGUUGCCGUGGGUGCCGCACACCUUUUUACCCUCAGGGUCAAAGUGGACAUCGCCUUGCCAACGACCUUCAGAUGGGAUUUUGGCGAUGGGAGCAGCAGCGUUCUUCACACCGUGCCUGCUCCAUGCGACACUAUGGAGGUGCUUGCAGAAAAAGGAGAGACACAAGUCUUUGUGCGGCACUCUGUGAACUUCACCUACACUGCACCAGGGAACUACGACCUUCAUGUGGGAGUUUCCACCCAGUAUGAAGAAGUAGACAAGUCGAUCAAGAUUAGCGUCCGUCCUCUGUUAAAACGCCUUUUCCUUAACUCCUCCGCUCUGGUGGCUGUUGUCAAUGAAAUGUAUCUCCUGGAAGCCUUCACCGAUCCCGUCGUGGACAAUGUCAUCUAUACUUGGAAUUUUGGUGACAAAUCCAAAGCCGUCCAACGUUCUGACCCAAAAGUUGAGCACACCUUUACAUCUGCGGGAGAGUACAACAUCACAUUGUGUGCCAACAACACUAUUUCUAUGCUUACCAUCUGGCUCGUGGCGGACGUUUUGGAGAAAAUAACUGGACUGAGUGUCAGUUGCAACGGACCCAGUGAGUUGGGCUCCGUUACAGAUUGCAGAGCUACCGUUGCAACUGGUACGAGGCUUAUUUGGGACUUUGACUUUGGUGAUGGAUCCAAGCAGGGAAACCUGGCUGAUGGCUCGGUUUCCCAAAUCUACAAGUUUCAAGGCAACUACACAGUGAGGAUCAAUGUCUCGAAUUCAGUGGGCGAAGCUCACCAAUCGAUCAGCGUGGUUGUCUAUAGGUUAGCUGUUAUAGGAGUGACGCCGACUGAGUGUGUCAUGACGGGUCGAAACACAGAGUUUUCGGCCUUGCUGAAUGGAAACGUAUCCGGGCUGGUUUUCCAUUGGCUGUUUGGUGAGGGAACUCGUGCGACUGUGGUGACAGGGCGAUCGGCAGCGACGCACACAUUUUCCAGCCCAGGGCUUUUCCGUGUUAGCUUAACUGUGAAAAGCUCUCUUAGCACCGCGUCCUACAAUAGCACCGUCUGUGUUCAAACGGCAAUAACCGACAUGUCAGUGCGUCCGUCUCAAGAUGCAGCCGCCGCGGGAGAUGAAAUAUGUUUCAGCGUGUUAUUUUCUCCAGAGCAGACAACGAUUUGCCAAUUUAAGUGGCUCAGUAGCUCUUCCAGUCAAGCUGCCGUGACAGAACAUAGUCAACAAUGUUUUACUUUCAGAGAUGAGGGCAUUCAAAAAGUAUUUGUCACGGCGAGUAACAACGUAAGCAGCAAAACAGCCAGCGCUAGCAUCGCCGUUCAAAGACCUGUCAGCAAUUUCUCUUUAGCGCAUGCUAGUGAGACCGUGACUGUCAAUACCUCAGCAUCAUUUUGGGUUGCUAGCUGCACUGGCAGCAAUGUGUCUGUGUUUUGGGAUUUUGGAGAUGGUUCCCCGACAGAGCAGCAACAAAAUGUGUCGCACGUCUUUACGGCGACGGGGGAAUUUACAGCCACCGCCACCGCGUUUAACGCAAUUAGUCGGGAGUCUGUGAGUCUCAAGGUGAACGUCUUGCGUCCUGUUUCUGACUUCAGUCUUCAAACCAAGCAGCCGUUCAGCGUGGUCGGAGAAGAAACUUUUAUCACAGCAGUUAGCAGCGACGAGUGGACCGCCACCUACUAUUGGACAGUGGAUGGUUUGGUUCCAACACAAGAGGGAACUCGAGAGUUUCGAUUUGUUUUUCCCGAAGCAGGACAGUACCAAGUGAGAAGUAUCGCCCGAAACUUGGUGAGCAGAAGGGAAGCUGUGAUUUUAGUUGAAGUCUUCGAGAGAAUCGAAGGUCUUCACAUGCAUUGUCCUGCAUUGGCCAAUAUGACAUACUUACCGACCCAUGAGGACGUGGUGUUUGUCGCUUCCGUCACAAAAGGCUCCAAUGUCACAUAUAAGUGGCUCGCUACCCCAAAAACAAUCAAGCAUCAGAUUCCAGCUGAUGGAGAACGUUUUCAGUUGGUCGUCGAAACCCCCGGUCGGCUUACGAUUCAAUUAAAUGCCUCAAACAUGUUGGGCGAGAGCACCGGCGUUGCUUCUUUUGUGGCUGUGGAACGGGUAACAAAUGCACGCAUAACAGCGCAGACAAAUAUCGUGGCAGUGGGGAAGUUUUUACAUAUUUCGGUAUCAGUCCUUACGGGUUCUGACCUGAGGUACUUUUGGUAUGUGGAUUCUGAUCUUGCGCUCCUUGAGACGGACUCCCCUUUUUUUCGUCACAAGUUCACAAGCUCAGGGGAUUGUUUGGUUAAAGUUCUCGUUCAGAACACAAUCAGUCAAUGCGGUGACACUAAAAUCUUUACAGUCCAAGAGGAAGUAAAAGAGGCGAGCUUUCAAAUCGGUGGCAAGAUGUUUCCGUUUCAUCUAAGCACAAAUACCGCUGUGCCAUUCCGAGGAGUUGUCCGCCAAGGUAGUCAUCUACACUGGGACUGGAAAGUUAGCCACGCCACAACCGCCAUUUUUUCGGAAAGCAACCCCGCGUUUACCUACACUUUUCUCCACGAAGGCAUCUACGGAGUGUCCUUGAAUGUCUCCAAUGCAAUUAACUGGCAGGAAGUUACGCACCGUGUCAUCGUCCAGGAUCGAAUCGAAGGCCUCACCCUCAACGUUAGCAGGGAUGCUCUUUGUACUCGGGAGGAAGUUACUUUCAUCCCAGCAAUCCGGAGAGGAAGCAAUGCAAGCUUCAUUUUGAUGUUUGAAACUAAAGACUGGAAGCAUCGUCAGGAUGUGAUGGAGGGAUUGUUCACCACAUCGAACCUUCCAGCAGGGACACAUGUUGUUCAACUGACAGCUUGGAAUCAGGUGAGCAGCGCACAGACGUCAACCCAAGUUCAGAUCUUCGAGAAUGUAACACCCGUGCGACUCUUAACCCCUGGCCAACACGCCAUCGAGGCUCUGAAGGAGGUUCAUUUUGAGGUGGAUGAUGAAAAUGAGUUUUCGGUUAACUACACCUGGAUAUUUCACUUGGAAGAUACUGAACCUAUGUGGUUCAAAGGAAAAGAGGUCAUCUUUACCCCGUCAAUCAAUGGCUCGCUGUCACUGACCGUGCUCGCAAGCAAUGGCGUCUGCUCCAAGAUGCUAAACAAAACUCUGACAGUUGAAUGGCCCGUGAAGGAAGUCCACCUCCUUUGCCACUCAGAACCCGUAUUUGCUGGACAUGUUGUGCUAUUUUCUGCUAAAAUUAACGGAGGGAGCAACCUGAGAUACGCGUGGUCAUUUGGGAACUCCGUCAAAGACUGGCCCUCGCAUCUCAGUACAGUCAAUCAUACUUUUGGCAACGCUGGGGUUUACGUUGUUCUGGUCAACGUCUCCAAUGGUGUCAGCCACACGUCUGCGCAACUGCGCAUAGACGUGGUGGCGUUGCUUUGCUCCAGCCCUCAAGCGUCACUUAUCCAGAACCGGCCAACUAUCUUCAGAUCUAGAGUGAGUUUCUUUGAAGCCAACGUGGCGAUUAACUGCUCUGCCUACAAGGCAACAUACCAGUGGGAGAUAUUUCGAGCGUCCGAUUGUACCGAUGAGAAUCUGGACCUCACUGGGAAACGAGUCCCUCUCAAUGGUACAACGUCACCUUUUCUCCAUCUCCCAAAGCGUUCUCUCGAUGUGGGACAGUAUUGCCUUUUAUUCACCCUUUCAUUCCAAGGGACCCCUCUGCUCGUGCGUCAAAAAACUAAAGUCACCGUGGUGAGCUCCCCGUUGGUGGCCGUCAUCAAGGGAGGUUCACGUAGACUGUGGCCAAGCACCCUUGACCUCGUUCUGGAUGGUAGUGGAUCUCAAGACCCUGACGCAGACCAAGAUGGAGAGGAUGCAUUCCAGUAUCGCUGGACUGUCACCGUAGAGAAGUCCACAGUUCCUAUUGAGAGCGACGGUAGAAUUGUGACGGUACCCAGCAAACAGUUACAUCCUGACACCAUUUAUGCAUUCACCCUAAUCAUAAAUAAGAUGGGAAAGACGCCGGCAUCCUUCACGCAGACAGUAAUUGUGUGUGAACCACUACAACUUCCUGUGUUUGUGGAGUGGGUAUCCUGUCCAGGCCACGCCUGCAUCAUCCUGUCUGGGCAUUGUGGAGAGUGUGAUGACCAUGCUCAGUACAGUUGGAGCGUCGAGGAUGAGACAGGCGCGACAUUCGACCUCGACAAGGCUGCCCCCUCUGCAGGAAGACACUCGCCGAAAUUGAUGUUGCCUUCCGAUGCGCUGCUGUCGGGUCACACGUAUACCUUCACUCUCAAUGUGACUCUCCCCGGCAGUGGGAGGUGGGGCAGUGCCAGUCAGUCGGUUGUACCUCACAAGCCCCCUGAUGGAGGUCGGUGCGAAUUGCACCCAGAGUCCCACGUCCAUCCGUUGGGGACUGUAGUCACCUUCAACUGCACGGGGUGGAGCGAUGACGAAAGCAUCUCCUCCGGGCUCAUCUAUACCUUUCAGGUUGCACUGUGCCAUCCCAUCAUGUGCCCUCUUCUCACGCUGUACAAGGGUACUCGAUCAACUUUUGGCAGCCUCGUUCCGGUGGGCAUUCCUGUGCCGGGACAAAGCAAAUCACUUAUCACAGUGAUUUUGAUCAUCGAGGACAAUCUUGGGUCAAGUGUCGUUGCUCUAAACAGAACUCUGAGUGUCCAGAGUCAUCGAAAUGUCACUGAGUGGCUUCGAACAAAGAGCCAGAAAGACAUGUGGGCCUUUGUCCAACAUGGCAACCCUCAGGAAAUCAUCCCAUAUUCCAUUGCGCUCACGAGCCAGCUCAAUCAGAUGGCGUCUGGACAAAGUACCAGUGAGCUCAACAUGAAGAAGGAGAUAAGAGAAAAUGUUACCAAAGCUUUGCUCUCCCUCCCCGUUUCCUCCAUGAUGGAUGUUGACCAAAUCAGCUCAGCUUUAGUCCAGUCCACUGCUGUUCCUGCUGAGUUAAUCUGCGUGGACUGUCAGGAGAAGGUUCUCGAAGCAAUUGGGAAGAUGAUUCAUGUCAUGGAGGAACACAAAAGUCCUGCCGGUGGAGUUUCAGUGUUUGACACGGGGAAGAAUAUCCUUCGCAUUGUAGGUAGCUCUCUGGCAUCUGCAUCAUUAUCAACCUUUGCCUCAAAUUCUCAGCACAACUACUCCAGAACUCUGCAGGCCGCGUCGGUCAUCACCUUGUCAGCAAUUAGCCAGGCAGGGGCGUUAAUGCGCUCCCUGAUGCAUUCACCCGGUCCUGGCGAGGUGCCCCUUUCAUUCGUCACGCCUCAUAUCAGUACAGCUGGUUUCUAUGGCGACCCCUCCAACCUUCUGUGCUCGAAGCACACAAUUCCUUCCCAGUUAUCAACUCCGCCAUGUCCAUUUCAAAUCCCGUCCUCACUCACCACUCACCUUAAGAGUCAGCGCUCAGAACUGGCGCAGGUGAUUUUCGGUCUGGAUGAGUCGAACGCUUUGCUGGCUGCAGCCGACCCUCCGAUCUCGACCAGUCUGGUUGCCAUGGAGAUCACCACCCCGCAGGGCGAGCCCAUACCCGUCCAGGAUCUCGAGCCUGACCAGGCUAUUCGAGUCACCCUGCAGAGCAAGUUCCCAGCGGGGAAACGUGACGCACGUGGGGAUGGGAGAGUGGAUGGACAUACGAAUGGGACAUGUGCCACUGUUCCGCUUCCGCUCGAGCGAUGUCAGAAUUUUACAAUAAGAACUGUGGGCGGCCUGGAUGAAAAUACAGGUUUAUAUAUCUCUUUCAACUUCAGCCUGUUACCAGGAGUUACUUCAGAGACCGCGGGCUACGUUAAGAUAAAAAUGACAAGCGGAUCUCAGGAUUCCUUCACGAAAGAGUGGAUCGUCAAUCUUUCGGCUCGCCACACGUUCACGGAGAAAACGAUAUUUCUUUCUCCGCUGUGAGUACACUUUGAUUCUCAACGUCAUGCAUUAUUUUAAUUGAUGUC